CGCCUGGGCGGAACCGGAUCCGGGGCUGGGGGCGGAAAUGUCGCUGGAAAGGCCUGAUGCCUAGGCCCGAAGAACGGAGAGAAACGCAGCGACGGAUAGCGGCUCACAUCCGACCUCACUGGGUUAAAGGGGCUGUGCUGGAUACUCGGAGUAUGAGCUGGACGGGGAAGAGAUCGCAUUUCAACCAUGGCAUCUGAAGAGGCCUCUCUGCGUGCACUGGAGAGUCUUAUGACAGAGUUUUUUCACAGUUGUACCACAAAUCAGCGAAAAAGGGAGAUUGAGGAGCUGUUAAAUAAUUUUGCACAGCAGAUUGGAGCAUGGCAGCAUUGUAUUUACUUCUUAUCCAACACUCGUAAUGAGUACGUCAUGAUGUACAGUUUGACUGUGUUUGAGAACUUGAUUAAUAAGAUGUGGCUGGGAGUCCCAUCUCAAGACAAAAUGGAGAUUCGAAGCUGCCUACCCAAGCUUCUGUUGGCUCACCACAAGACAAUGCCAUAUUUCAUCCGCAAUAAGCUGUGUAAAGUAAUUGUGGAUAUUGGGAGGCAGGAUUGGCCAAUGUUUUACCAUGAUUUUUUCACCAGCACGUUACAGCUAAUCCAGGCUCCUUCCACCACACCUUUGGGUCUGAUCAUGUUGAAGACUACCUCAGAGGAGUUAGCAUGUCCACGGGAGGACCUCAGUGUGGCACGGAAGGAAGAGCUCCGGAAACUGCUGCUGGAACAGGUGCCAACAGUACUAACUCUUCUCACAGGUAUUUUAGAGACCAUUUGGGAUAAAAACAGUGUUACUGCUGCUACUCCACCUCCCUCUCCAACUUCUGGAGACAGUGGUGAUUUGCUUAGUAGCCUACUGCAGACUCCCCAAGCUGCCAAAUUAUUAAAUCAGCCAAUCCCAAUUUUAGAUCCAGCAAGUGAGCACAUUUGUUUUCUGGCUUUGGACUGUCUGACUCAUCUUUUCAGCUGGAUCCCACUCUCUGCCAGCAUCACCCCAGCUCUCCUGACUACCAUCUUCCACUUUGCUCGUUUUGGCUGUGAUACCCGUGCCAAGAAGCUAGUUGCUGUGAAUGGAAAUGGCCACAACAAUAAUAUCAUCCAGGAGCGAGGUAAACUGGGUGUGUUUGCCAUGUCUUGCAUUAAUGAACUCAUGUCUAAGAACUGUGUCCCUAUGGAGUUUGAGGAGUAUCUACUGCGCAUGUUCCAGCAGACCUUUUACUUACUGCAGAAAAUCACCAAAGACAACAACGCACACUCCAUAAAAAGCCGUCUUGAAGAGCUAGAAGAAAGCUAUGUGGAAAAGUUUACUGACUUCCUGCGACUGUUUGUGAGUGUUCACCUGCGUCGGAUUGAGUCCAACUCCCAGUUUCCAGUGGUGGAAUUUCUGGCCCUUCUUUUCAAAUAUACAUUUCAUCAGCCCAGUCAUGAGGGUUAUUUCUCCUGCCUUGACAUUUGGACAAUAUUUCUGGACUACCUAACAAGUAAAAUCAAGAGUAGGCUGGCUGAUCGGGAUGAGGUACUAAACAGGUACAAGGGUGCACUUGUUCUACUGCUGACAGAAGUUUUGCGUCGGAUACAAUUCCGUUUUAAUCAGGCCCAGCUGGAAGAACUUGAUGAUGAGACACUGGAUGAUGAUCAACAGACUGAAUGGCAGCGUCAUCUACGUCAGAGCUUGGAGGUAGUGGCCAAAGUGAUGGAGCUCCUUCCUUCUCAUGCAUUUUCUACAAUCUUUCCCAUCUUGCAGGAUAACCUUGAAGUGUACUUGGGACUACAACAAUUUGUUGUAACCUCAGGACAAGUUCACAGAUUGAACAUAACAGCAGAGAAUGACUGUCGACGUUUGCAUUGUUCCUUACGUGACCUCAGCUCGUUGCUUCAGACUAGUGGUCGCUUAGCUGAGUAUUUUAUUGGGGAUGUGUUUGCAGCAAGGUUUAAUGAUGCACUCAGAGUUGUGGAAAGACUUGUUGAGGUGACGUUAUAUGGAUCCCAGAUAAAGCUGUAUGAUAUGGAAACAGCUGUGCCAUCUGUGCUGAAGCCAGAUCUGAUUGAUGUUCAUGCUCAGUCUCUGGCAGCAUUGCAGGCUUAUUCUCAUUGGCUUGCUCAGUUUUACAGUGAAGUUCAACGGCAAAAUCCUGAGCAGUUUGUCUCUCUCAUUUCCACUGCCAUGGAAGCUGCAGCUCCCCUCAUUAGCUCAAAGGUGCCAGAGAAAUUGUUGCUCUCAGCAUGCCAUUUGUUGCUGUCACUAGCCACCACAGUACGCCCUGUUUUUCUGGUUAGAAUCCAAGCAGUACAGAAAAUCUUUGACAGGAUUUCAGAUGGUUCAGCUCGACAGCUUCCUCAGGAGGGCAAAGUGCUAGUGUGCAGGGCCCUGUCCAACAUGUUGCUCUUACCAUGGCCAAACCUUCCUGAGAGUGAACAGCAGUGGGCAGUCCGUUCUACAAAUCAUGCCAGCCUCAUUUCAACCCUCUCAAGAGAAUAUCGGCGACUCAAAGAAAACACUGCAUUGUCACAGGGCAAAAUGGGUCUAGGAAAUACAAAAGUGAUUGUCCAGGAGACACUGAGCAUCCUGAGGUACAUCGUGGAGAACAUCUCUGGGGAGGUAACGAAAUCCCGCCAAAUCUGCUACCAGUCUCUGCAGGAAUCCGUGCAGGUCUCCCUGGCACUCUUCCCAGUCUUUAUUCACCAACCUGGUGUUACAGAUGAGAUGCUCAGCUUCUUCCUCACAUUGUUUCAAGGCCUCAGGGUGCAGAUGGGUGUUCCCUUUGCAGAACAGAUUAUCCAAACCUUCCUAAACAUGUUUACCAGAGAGCAGUUGGCAGAGAGUAUCCUGGAGGAGGGCAGUGGUGGUUGCCAUGUAGUGGAGAAAUUUCUGAAGAUCCUGCAAGUGGUCGUCCAGGAGCCUGGGCAUGCAUUCAAACCAUUCCUCCCCAGCAUCAUCUCCUUGUGUAUGGAGCAAGUCUACCCAAUCAUUGCAGAGCGAUCCUCGCCAGAUGUGAAGAUGGAGUUGUUUGAGCUACUUUACCAGAUCCUGCACAAUAAUUGGCGAUUUUUCUUCAAAUCAUCUGUAUUGGCCAGCGUUCAGCGUGGGACAGCUGAGGAGCCAAUGGAGAAUGAGGCCCAAUUUGCUUCUGCUAUGCAGGCUUUUGGUCAGUCCUUUUUGCAGCCAGAUAUUCAGAUUUUUAAACAGAACUUGUUUUAUUUGGAGACACUCAACACCAAGCAUAAGUUGUAUCACAAGAAAAUCUUCCGAACGACCAUGUUGUUUCAGUUCAUCAAUGUGCUGCUGCAGGUGCUGGUCCACAAAUCUCAUGACCUACUACAGGAGGAAAUUGGCAUCGCUGUGUAUAAUAUGGCCUCAGUGGACUUCAACAGCUUUUACACUGUUUUUUUACCCCAGUUCCUGGGCAGUUGUGAUGGUGUUGACUCCAAUCAAAGAACGGUGCUUGGCAGGAAUUUCAAAAUGGACAGGGAUUUGCCUUCAUUUACACAGAGUGUACACAGACUUGUGAAUGAUCUGCGUUACUACAGGCUUUGUAAUGGCAGUUUACCUCCUGGAACAAUCAAACUAUAGCCCUCCCGACUGAUGCCUUCAUCCUUGCCCUUCUGCCAGGCUGUCCAUUGCAACCUGCUAGCUGGAUCCGUCAGUACGCUGCUGCAGCACUUUGUCUUUGUCCUGGAGAAAUAUAAUGGUUGUAUUCAGUACAUUGACAUGAUGCAAACCAAUCAUGUAGCCUGCACUGAAUAGACAUCAAUCGUUCGCACCCUCACGUCAACGUGGUCCUCUCAACUGUUUAUUUGGAUUAAUGAGACUCUCCCCGGCAGUGCGACUGUGUUCAGCACUUUGUUUCCUCAUUUACUUUGAUUUGCCUUGAACAUUUCUACUCUGUGCAGGCAGAGAACUUUCAAUUUUAGGUCAUAUCAUUCCAAUGUGAUAUCAGUGGCACAUGCUUAAUUGAAGAAGUGCUUGUGUUAUAAACUGUGUUCCAAUCCUUCGAAUUACCCUCUCAAAAAAAACAAGUAUGCUGGAUUAUUUUUUAAUAAGUUUUUAAGUUGAGUAAAUUUAUUUUAUAUUUUCAUUAGACUUCCACUCAUCUUUGUAACAAUUCUCUUAUGAUCCCUUUCUUUCAUUAGUCAGUCUUGUUCAACAUUUACUCACCUUUGUCUGUGUCAUGUGUCCACGUCUGAUUUGUUGAGGAAAUGUUGAGGUGGGCUGUGGAAUGUAGAAUUGUACGUGGAACAGAAUAUAGGAUUGAAACAAAUUAGAAGAUGUGUGAUCAGUAAGUAUAAAAGACCAAGUGUUGUUUUUGUUGGCAUUCAUGUUUUUUUAUUAGUAUCUAACUUAUUCUCUGUUUGUCUCCGAAUUGUGGUGACUGCAGUAAAGUGAACUUUUACCAAUCAGACUGUGACAGAAGGAGAAUUUAUUUUCUUUCUUAGUCCAUGGGUCACUCUUUGUCCUGGCCCAAUAUUUUUUUUAAACUCUGAGCCUCUUUAUUGUUCAAUUCUCAAUCUGCUGUCCAAACACACAUUUUCUGCUGCUUUGCUGGAGAACAUGGUAUUGAGUGACCAGAAGAAAGUGCAAAAGAAGUUUUUUGUGCGAAGGAUUGGUGACCACCAGGGAGAAUAGGUGGAAAAAGAGCUUCUGGCAUGGUGAUUUAAUUAACUGUACAAAUGGAAGGACCUGCAAAUCUGCUAGGUUUAGAGUGGACACAUGACUGACCAGAGUUUAGUUGGGAUUUCUAACCUAUGAAGAUGAUGGUACAGGUCAGGACCUUUGGAAAUGUGGAGAUCCUGAGCCAUGAAGAGGCUGGGUUCUGUAGUGAGUGAGGCCUUCAUGCUUACCUGAAGCUUUAUCAGAUUUGUCAGCUGCUCAUAUUGCUAUUUAGUGUUAAAGUUGGGCCAUCUAGGCUAAACUUGUUAAAUAGGUGAAUAAAGCUUAUACUUGAAGAUUCGAACAUUUUUCAAAAGUCAUUUCACACACAUAAUAGGCACAGAGAUUCUAGGAAGCUCUAAUCAGUGAGGGUUUAAAAUAAUAGCCCAGUUAUCAUCCACAGGAUACUGGUCUUUUCAGGAUUGUCCUCUCCUUUUGCUUUUGCUACAAUCAUUAAUACAUAGCAGGCCCCUGUUACUUAAUCAUCAACUUCCCUCAGGCCAUGGAGGCUUUAGGUAGCAAUAAUAUUUGGUUCCUUGUAUUGAUCCAAAUAUUUUUCAGAUCCUCGGCAAUGGUACAUCUCUAACAUCAAAACCCAAUACUGUCUGCCCUGUUCUUGGGGCACUGACUUAACUCCUCUGUUCAGAGACACAAAAUAAAUAACUGUACAAAAGAAUUUUUUUUAACAAAAGCUAAUUUUAUCUCUAAAUUCGAGCAUUUAUUUGGCAGUUUAAAUGUAAUUGUAGUUGAUAAAUUCUAGAACUAAAUAAUUUCGUUCAUAGUUGAAACUAUCAAAAUGGACAUCAUCUCUGUUGAAGUGGGUGGUUAUGGGGAGAUUGAGUUCUAAACUAAAACAGUGCUGCUUUAAAUGAUAAUGAAGGGAGCUUCAUAGUAACUUACUCUGGACACACAAUUGGCAUAGCAAUGGUAAUUGCGAAGACCUGUAAAGUUGAGGUGCAUCACAUAAGCAAGUGAAAGCCCCUUUGUUACAUUGUAACCAGAUCUACGUGGAGCUGUUAAACUACUGGUCACUGGUUUGUUCCACAGUUUCAAGAAUGGAAGUGAAUUUUAUAAAUACUACCUGACUUCUAGGAUAUUGAGUAUUACCAGCACUUCCUAUUUCUAAAGCACCUCCACAUAAAAUGCAUUCUGCUGUGUUCCUGUUUGAUUCCAUAAUCUGAAGCUGUUGAGUCAUUAGGAGAGAGGCCAUUGUUUUCAAACAGGAAAGAUUUGUUUUGAGUUGUUUGAUGUUUGAUUCUCAGGGGCCUGCAAUGAGCCAUGUUUUUAUCCUUUGCCUUGAGUACAUGAAUUUUUUUUUUAUAGACAUAAGUA